GUGGGAUAGUAGCAAUAUUUCGGCGCCAUGUGUUGUUGUUGGUGGCCAUUAUUGUUUACAUCUUCCUAUCUGUCCAUUCUGAAAUAAAGGCAGAAGAAAAUGAAAAGUAUUUGGGAGGCCAAUUAAGUCCAAAAGUCCUAACAUGUAUUCCCCUCAAAAAUCUUUGCCCACUCCCAGUGAGUUCAAUUUUCCCUUUACGCCAUACGACAUACAGCAACAGUUGAUGCAGGAACUGUAUGGAGUGCUGGAAAACAAACUUAUCGGCAUAUUUGAAAGCCCAACAGGAACUGGCAAGUCCUUGACACUGACCUGUGCUGCUCUCAAAUGGCUGGAGGAUCAUGAGGCUUUGGUAAGAAAAGAGUUACUGGAGAGAUUGGAAAGGGUGUCUAAGGAAGUAGAAAAGUUGGAAAAAGAACAAAGUGUGGCCACAGAUUGGAUUUCAAUGCAUUCCCAGACUUCACAACAAAAACAGGAAUUGCUUGAAUUGAAAGAGGUAAAGAAACUACUGGACGAAUAUGAGGAAAAGUUGAGUGUGAUUAAGGAAAAACGAAAAUUGGCCAAACAAAACAAAUUGAUGGCUGCAAAACACAGUUCUCAAACGAAUCUAGAUUCUAGGGAUGUAACAAUGGAAGAACCCAAUGUUUUAUUGGAAGAUUUACAAAACACUGAUGAAGAUGAUGAAAUGGAUGCGGAAGUUAUGGAAAGGAAUAACAAAUACCGUGACAUUCAAAUAUUCUUCUGUAGUCGUACUCACACUCAACUAGCUCAGGUAGUCAGGGAAAUAAAACGAACUGCCUAUGGAAAGAGAGUGAGAUGUGUGUCCAUGGCUUCGCGCCAACAGUUGUGCAUUCACAAAGAGUUGCGCAAACUCAACAACACAGCAUUUAUAAAUGAGAGAUGCUUAGACAUGGCUAAAAGUACAGAAGCAAAGACCACUUCCAGUGAUGCCAAUAGAUGUGUUAAGAAAAAGGCACGGCUUAAUCAAAAAUCCUUGGGAAAAUGUCACCUCAAAACGCAAAGUCUCAUACAGGAGUUAAGCGAAAUAUCUUUGACCGAUGUUUUAGAUAUAGAAGAUUUGGUUAAAGAAGGUGAACAGCUUGAGGCAUGCCCAUAUUACGCUGCUCGUAUGGCCACCAGUAUGGGCCAAAUCGUCAUGCUACCCUAUCAGUUGCUGCUACAUAAACGUAGUCGCGAAAUGGCAGGUAUUGACCUGCAAGGAUCCAUAGUGAUCAUUGAUGAAGCUCACAAUCUACUGGAUUGUAUAUCUGAUAUAUACAGCUGCGAAGUCACCUUGCUGCAAUUGCAAUCGGCCCAGCAUCAAAUAGUGGCUUAUAAAAUGAAAUAUGCAUCACGUUUCAGUUCAGCAAAUUUGCUUUCUAUUAAUAAAUUGAUUUUUGUAAUAAAAAGGUUAAUUAAGCUGUUGACCCCAAAGGCUGCUGCAUCUCAUGAAAAUGAGAAAAGCUCAAAUUUCCGUAUGCUUUGCACCUAUGAGAUUAUGUCCGAAGGGGAUUUCUUCAACAUUGACCUGUUUCAGUUGCUGAAGUUUUGUGAAAAAUCUAGACUUGCUCAAAAGUUGCAGGGCUUUGCAAAAAGCCUAACGCUAGAGUCUAAUUGCAAUGAAAACCAACCUCCAGCUCCACUUACAGGAAAAUCGGCUGCUUUGGGCUUGUUAAAACGCUUGCAACAAAGUCAUGAAGAAAAGGUAGCCAAGAAUUCCAAGCUUAAACGGCAGCCGGAAGAAGUGGAAGACCUGAAAUCUUCAACAACAGAGCAAGACAAGAAGCCUUUAGUGAAUCUGACAUCGUCUAUUAGACCCUUGCUGGCUUUUUUAGAAGCUCUAUGUGAAAAAGCCGAAGAUGGUCGCAUUCUGGUCAACACCAGUGAAAACUCAGCUUCAAAAUACGAAUCUCAAGCGGGGUUUAAAUACAUACUUCUGAAUCCCGGUGCCCAUUUUCAAGAUGUUAUCAAUGAAGCAAGAGCAAUAGUGGUUGCUGGAGGCACAAUGCAGCCAACUUCAGAGUUAACAGAGCAGCUUUUUAACACAUGUCCCGAACGUGUGAGACAGCAUUUCUAUGACCAUGUAGUGCCAGAUGAUGCUGUCUUGCCAUUUGUUGUAACAAAAGGUCCCAGUGGCAGGAAUUUGUGUUUUAAUUUCACUCAAAGAUCUUCUACAGUAAUGUUAAAUGAUUUGUGCAGUGUUUUGGAAAAUCUCUGUAAUGUUGUCCCCGCUGGUCUUGUAUGCUUUGUGCCCUCCUAUGAUUAUUUGGAUUCAGUUUAUGUGCAGCUUACGAAGACUGGUAUAUUCGAAAGAAUCUCAAACAAAAAGCGCAUAUUUCGUGAACCUCGCAGUGAUGUUGGAAAUGCUGAACAAAAUGUGGAUCAAGUUUUAAGUGAUUAUUCGCGUGCUGUUAGACAUCAAAAAGGUGCUUUGCUUUUAAGUGUGGUCGGAGCCAAACUAAGUGAAGGUCUUAACUUUGCCGAUGAUUUGGGUCGAGGUGUCAUUGUUGUGGGUCUGCCCUACCCCUAUUGUAAUUCUCCCGAGCUAAAGGAACGCAUGGCAUAUUUAGACAAGACUUUAGGCCCUGGUUCUGGCAACGAAUAUUACGAGAAUCUCUGCAUGAAAGCGGUUAAUCAAUGUAUUGGUCGCUCCGUUCGACACAUAAGAGAUUAUGCAUGUGUUUAUCUGUUGGAUGAAAGAUAUGCUCGUGAAAAUAUUCGUCGUAAAUUACCACAGUGGAUAUCUAGGCACUUGCAAGUAGCUCCCGCAUAUGGUAAAGUUCAAGCCGGAACUGCAAAAUUCUUUAAAGAGAAAAAAAUGAAAGCGGCUCAUGUCGAAUAGUAUUAUGAAGACGUUCCUAAAUAUUUUUUUAAAUGCUCAUAUCACUGCCUUAUUUAGAGCUUAGUUUUUAAGGAGUUUUUCGAUUUUGUUUUCUGUGUCCACAUUUUUUUUACAUAUCUUACCCUAAAGUAUUAUUAAACAUAUAUAUUUUUUUAA